CCGAUUCGACAACCAAUAGACAUCAAGUCACUCGAAAGUUACCUGGAGAAACAGGUCCCAGAAAUCAAGACACCACUUGAUGUCAAACAGCAAUAUGUCCUACGCAAGAAGCCUCCAGGAAAGUUGCUAUCAAAAACCGCACAUAAAGUCGAACGAGAAUACAGGAUUCUGCAUGCCCUCGAGACAACAGACGUCCCAGUACCCAAGACAUAUUGCCUGUGCGAGGAUGAUGCGGUAAUCGGCACAGCUUUCUACAUUAUGGAGUUUCUGGACGGCAGGAUCAUUGAAGAUCCAUGUCUGCCGGAUGUCAGUCCUGAGGACAGGAAGGAGAUGUGGCGGUCUGCAGUAACAACUCUGGCCAAGUUUCAUCGCGUAGCUCCAGCUUCAGUAAAUCUCGCAUCUUAUGGAAAAGCGAACGGCUUCUACGAUCGACAACUUGCGACUUUCAACACUAUUCAGGAUGCCCAAGCCAAAGCUGUUGAUGUUGAAUCGAACGAGCCAGUGGGCAAGAUCCCACAUUUCGAUGAUAUGGUUGCUUUCUUUGGCAACAAAGACAGCCAGCCUCAGGAUCGCAGUACUUUCGUCCAUGGUGACUACAAGAUUGAUAAUGUAGUCUUCCACAAAACAGAGCCAAAGGUCAUAGGAAUCUUGGACUGGGAGAUGUCAACGAUAGGACAUCCACUUUCCGAUCUGAGCAAUUUGCUCACUCCAUUUACUACUGCCGAUUCACCGGUUGCUCGAUCGAUCGGAAGGGGGAGUGAAACAUUCCUUCCUGGUAAUACACCUGGCCUGCCGACGAAGCAGCAGUGUAUUGAAUGGUACAGACAAGUAGCUGGGUGGGAUCCGCGACCAGAUAUGACAUGGGGUGAAGCAUUUGGAAUCUAUCGUGGUAGUAUCAUCAUGCAAGGCAUUGCAGCGAGAUAUGCGCUCCGACAGGCAAGUAGUGCUCGAGCACAGGAGUAUGCAGUACAGAUGAGGCCCUUUGCCACGGUCGGUUGGGAUUUGGUUCAGCAAUGCCAGAGGGAACGAGUCAAACAGGGUAACAAGGCUAAGCUG